AUGUACACAGCAGCAUCGUACUAUACUGCGGCAUCAUCCGCAUACAGGCUUCUGUACCGCUGUAUGUGCCGCGCUGCGUAUGAGCCGUAUGAAUGGCUGGGUCGGGUCGGGGCGAGUGGCUCAUACAAUACGGUGGUGAUGGUGUUGCAUCGCGCAUGGGGAAGUGUGCACGGAGAAGAAGAGGCGAAAGGAGGAGGAGGGGGAGGAGGAGGAGAGAAAAGCAAAGACGAUGGCAGCGGGCGAUGUGGUGGACGGACAGGGCGAGGGAGGGAGUUAGAUCAGGGCAUCGCUCUGAAGGCAGCAGCAGCAGCGGCACAGAGGAGAAGAAGGAUUGGGAGGGGAUCGGAAGAGUUCCUGCGCGGUGCACUGUUGCGAAAGGAUCAUCGCUCAGAAGGCUGGCUGUAG